CGAGAAGUUAGAAACAUGGGAACUGACAGCAGCGCAUUCCUUCGCUCAUACACACUCACUCAAACACACUCAAACACACCCACCCACCGCUUUCAAAGCGUCGCUGACUGACGUUUCACGCACAGGUAUUUAUUUACAGGUGUGUGUGUAAGUAAGGUGGGCUACUGCACGCGCUGGUGACUUGAGAUCCUCCUGCACGGCAGCACGCGAGGGCAGCAAGCCCCUCUACUUUCUCCGGCUCCUGGGUGUCUGAGCUCCAUGGAAGUGGCCGGUAUCUACGAACGGGACUGCUUCGCUUACCACGGCAGUAACUACGACGCCGACGCGUACCGACACCUGGCAGACGGCUCCAUGACGAAGCUGGGAAUCGCGGAGCACGAGAAGGCGAUUGACAUCAGCAUCUACGUGGACACCCCUUUCAUGCACCAUCACCAUCACCAGCAGCACCAACACCACCAUCACCUGCACCAGCCGCCGCUGAGCCACGACCUGCUCUUCCCGGACUACGCGCACGAGGACGCCAAGGCGGUGGCGGUACCGGACAGUCGCGAGCUCGAGCGUGGUGGGGACCACGAGCACGCCGCGCGCCGCCUCGACUACGCCGAGCUGCACGAGACGCGGCUGGACGCCGUGCUGGGCGCGGACUUCUUGGGUCGCUGCUGGCGGGGAGGUGGCGGUGGAGGUGGAGGCGGCAGCGACGACGACGCCGCGCGCAUGGACGGCAGCGGACCCUACCUGCGCACGACGUCGUUCCCCACGUCGGGAGGCGUCGGCAUGAACGGUAGCCUUGGCGACGUGUCCGCCGCGUCCUCCUCGUGCUCAAGCCCACCGGGAACUCCCGCGCCACAGCCGCUGUCAUCAUCAUCAUCGUCGUCGUCGACUCAGCCGAGCGGCGGCAAAGGCGGGAAGGCGGCGGGAGCGCCUCACGGUUCCAGCGGAUCCAGCAAAGGCAAGAAGCGCCUGGACAAGGACAGCGACGAGUACCGGCAGCGGCGCGAGCGCAACAACCUGGCGGUGCGCAAAAGCCGCGAUAAAGCCAAGAUGCGCAACAUGGAGACGCAGCACAAGGUGCUCGAGCUCGCCGCCGAGAACGACCGGCUGCAGAAGCGCGUGGAGCAGCUGUCGCGUGAGCUCGCCACGCUGCGCAACCUGCUCUCCGCCACGGGCCAGUGCUGACCCAGGCUGAGAGCGCGCGGGACUCUUUGAACUCGUUUGAGCUCGUUUGAACUGUUGUCUAUGAUCUAUCGGUCUGAACUCUUUUUGAAGAAAUGAGAGAUAAGAGCAUUUGAUUGUUGAUUGUUGGUUGUUUUGCUCUCAGAAAUGAUCAUAAAAAAGGCUACGAAUUUAUUGACACGAUUAAUAUGUUUAUAUCAAGAGCUAGGGAUGCACUGAACUGCAGUUCAUGAAUGCUUCAGUAUAUAUUAACAUGUUUAUUUGGCUUAGAAGCACUUAAAAAAUUGACUACUCAAAAAGUGUUUUGUGUUGGUGUGUCAUCUCAUUUUUUAUUAACAUCUGGGAUGUUAAAAACAUGUUUAAAUCAAAAUCCAAAGAAAAAUAGUGAUGGUACAUUUAGGCUAGCUUGUCCAAUUCAUUCAUUCAUUCAUUCAUUCAUUCAUUCAUUCAUUCAUUCAUGCAGUUAAAGAGACAAAUAUCCUAUAAGAACAAUAAUGUUCAGAAUAGCUCAUUAAUCUAUUCAAUUUAUUCAUUAUUGGAAUUGAACAAACUGCACAAAUCAAACAAACAAAUUCUUAUAUAUAUUUUUUGUUUUGUUUUUUGAUACGUAUUCGUGCUCGUGCUUAGUUUCGGUGCAUCCCUAACCUAACGAUCAGCCUGUGUUUACAAGCGCGAGUUUACAGCAUGUGAAAGUGGAAGACUGCAGCGUGGACUGCUGGAUUGCGCAACACCGACCGUCCUCGUGCUUGGGGACUCUUCUUCUUUUUUAUUUCUUUUUUUUUUUUAAUGUCACUUUUUUGGUGUCCUGUUUUUUGUCGAUGUGUGUCUGUACAGUAUUUUUGUACGGGUGGAAAAAAAUACAAAAAUGUCUACUGUUUAAUACUCUGUUAUUUAAAAAUUGCAAUUUAAAAUUGCAAUUUUCUCCUGAUCUCUUCUUCUUCUUUUUGCCCGUAUCUGGGGCAGUGGCUGUCAGGGGAAGAGUUGUACUGCAGAGGUAUGAUGCAACUCAUUGUAACAGUAUUGGCAACGCGCUGAAGAAGAGUCUGCUGGAGAGAAAGAGGGUACACAUGUUCUAUUGCGAUUAUUAUAAUAUAAUAUUUUAUUGCAUUAAAAGAUUUUUACAACUUUGA